CAUUUGCAUCGGACGCACGCAGGGUGGAAGCGAAGUGAACGGUACAGCAACGUUAGUCUGUAAGCAAGCCAGACAGAGUAGUCUGUUAUCUUUUUGUAACCCAUAUGGUUCAGAUGAUAUCUGACACAUGGCGCAAAUGUGUCUCUAAAGUGAACCUAGAUUUCUUAUUUGUCUGGCUGUCAACUUGCAAACCUAGCUGGUUAGCCCAAUGGCUAGUGAUAAUGAACUGUUUUGUAUUGUCAGAUAAUCAGUGUUACUUCGGCUAAUGCUCCUUUAGCCAUUUUGCUGUCACUGACAUCACUCCGUGCGCUGACGACUUGAGAUGUCUGCAUACAUUUUUAUUUACUGGACAUUGAAUUGCUACAAAUGAUUCAUUAUGGACAGCGAACGCAGCAAUUGCAGGCCCCAGAUUGGAGACAAUAGCAAGCUAACCUAGCUAGCAAGCUGUCGUGGCUGCUAAGCUUGCUAAAAGCUGUCUUGUCUGCAGUUGCACUGACAACCUCGAGGUGCCUGCACCAUGGAUCAGGUGGAUAUGACAGACCAGAUCACAGCAGCUUGUAGCCAACCGUUGGUCCACAACCAAGACCUGAUUGUGGCUGACCAAGACUCGGCACCCCAGCAGCCCAGCUCUGACAUCAUGUCAACACAAUCCAAAUGGAUGAGUAGCUGCACUGAAUACAGUGACCUGGUCAUAAAGGAGGAUAGUCUCAGUAAUGGCACCUGUGAAGUUGAGACUAUGGUAGCAUUGCACUGUCCUGGCGACAGUGGAGAUGUAACUGCUGAGGGUGACCGCCUUGCACUGAGCAAUGAUGGCAUGCCAGAGUUUUCUAACAGUGACUUCUCUCUGCCUGAGGUGUGCAUUUCCACCAACAGCAAUAGCUUUGAGGAGGAUAUGAACUAUGAGGUACAGCAAGCGUAUAGGAUAUUCACUGGCUUUCUCUUGGACAAGCACAAAGGAAUCACCAGCCCAUUCCUCCAUCCCAUCGGCCACCAGGAGGCCCAGCAUGGUAUUGGAGGGGUCCGGGGCCGGGGUCAGGCACAGCUCAGGCAGUCGAUGUGCUUGCGGAGGAUGGAGGACAAGUUUAUCAACCAAGAGUAUGAGACCAUAACAGAGUUUGUUGCAGACUUCAGGCUGAUGUUGGAGAACUGUUAUCGCUACCAUGGGGUGGACCACUGGAUCUCCAAACAGGCUCAAAAGCUGGAAAUAAUGCUGGAGCAGAAGCUCACAUUGCUAUCCAGGACGCUGCGAGAGAGGACAACAUUAGCAGUGACUUCUAAAGGACGUUUUGGUGCAGAGGAGGAACGGGGUUCAGGGGGCACCUCCACAAGGAGGAGGUUGGCACCUCGUAGCCUGGCUACCAUCAUUGUCGGUGGGCAUGAGUCUAUCAUGGUCCAGGCCCUACGGCUGGAAGAACAACAGAGGGCGAAGGAGGAGAAAAGGCAACGUGAGCUUGAGAAGAAAGAGGCAGAGGAAAUGUCAGCCAAAGAGGUGGAAGAAUGGGAGCAGACUUUGCUGUCACAGGCUUCCCCCCACACUGUGCACACACUUUGGGAACUCCCUGCUAUAGGGCACUUCCUCUGUCUGGCUCAGACUGCCCUUAACCUCCCAGAGAUUGUAUUUUUUGAUCUGGAGCGGUGUUUGCUGAUGCCCCGCUGCAGCUUCCUCCUGUCAAAAAUAAUGUCUUCCCUGCUGUCCCCACCCCAGCGGAGGGCCACUCUGCACCGCCGGCCUGCCCUGCCUUACCGCCGUUGGGAGUCAGAACUCAGGCAGCGGGUCAUGGGCUGGUAUCGAGCUGUUGGUGCCUCCAAUGAUCAGUCAGGUCGGGCUGAGCAGCUGGGACUCUGCCACCAGUUUUUCAGCACCCUUGGGGAGGUGAGUCCUUUGGAGGAGAAACCCUUUCACUUGCUGCCCUUCUACCAGCGAGUAUGGCUUCUGAAGGGGCUAUGUGACCAUGUGUAUGAGACACAGAAAUGUGUGCAGGAUGCUCUCCUGGCCCAGCCAAUCCAUGAAUGUAGAGAGUCUAUUUUGGGCUAUGACAGCAAGGAGAAUGCCUAUAUACAUUUUCCACAUUUCUGUGGCGCAGACCUGAGGAUCUACUGCCAGAGCCCCAGCACACCCCCAGUCUUCCGUUUCCCUUCUGUAUGGGUCAAACGGGUUGAUAUAGAGCCAGGGACAGAGGGUGAAGAGUCGGAUGGGAUGAAGGAAGAGGGGGUUACAAGUGACAGGGCGUGUUAUGGAGGCUCAAUGGACACAGAAGAGCCUGAUGAUUUAGAAAAGGGGAGAGCAGAGGCACUUGGGGGUUUCAAAUGGGAAAAUGGGGAUGGAGAAGAAGAUAAAAGGUUUAAAUUGUGGUCACUGAAGGAGGAGGAGGGGUCUGAAUCAGGGUCCUCUGAUGGAGACUUAAAAAUACACACUAACUCCUUAUCCCUUUCACACACUAGUCCUGUUGGAGGAAGUGGUGUGGAAAUUAUUAUGAAGGAAGAGACUGUAGAGUUGGGGUAUCAAUCCAAGCGACUCACAUUAAAACAGGAGCAGGGCUUCUCAUUGGGCUCAAUGCGCACCAUUAAAGCAGAGACACAGGAGCCCUGUCUGAGUGUAGGGGAGCACAGCUACACAGGCAGGUCACCUGCUCGCUUAGUGAAUCUGGCCUCCCCAACCAAACCAAUCAGAAUGGAGGGAGGAAGUCCCAGUCAGGGACACCAAAGGUCUUCCUGUGUGGAUUGUUGUAAAAGCAAAACUAGUAAUGUUAAAUCUGAGGAGCACGACUGCGGCUGUGGCACAUCAGGGCCAGCAACACAGUUGACUUCUGAGAGUUCUCAAAACUCAAGUGAAGAGAGGGUGAAUGACAAAAUCUGGACUAAAAAGAAAAAGCGGAAGAAAAAGCAAGGGAGGGAACAGCUGCCAAGGGCGAAAGGAGAGCAGAAGCAGCUGCAACACGUGGAUAGGAUGAGGCUGUCCCCAGCUGAGACUACCAAGUCUGCAGUGCGGAGAGUUGCCACAACAAUAAAAAGAAAAGACAAGAAGAAAAAACAUAAAACGGUUAUCUUGUUGACAGGAAAAAAGCUUGAAUCUUCAAAGAAAAUUAAAGAUGAACCUCCAGUUGAGCCAUUAUUUAAGUUGGUAUGCAGCAGUCUUGAGGAGUUGCGAGAGCUGAUCAGUAAGACAGAAGAUGAGCUUGAUGACUUGGAGAGCACCAAAAAGAGAUUGGGUCGGUGGUAUUAUAGGAGAGAAGCAGUGAAAGACCUCCACAGCACUCUAAUCCGACUUCUGAAUGAGCUUUCACCCUGGGAACCCAAACUUGUUAAGGCCUACCAAAGGAACAGGCUUCGUUUGAAGAAGGAAUUUGAUGAUUUCAAGAAGCACCCAGACUACAAUAACUUUGUGCGUGAGGAGUGUAUUUCAUCAUCAUCGUCGUCUGACGAUGAAGAUGAAGAGAGGGGUUUGGGAAAGGAUGUGUGUUCACUCUCAGAUCAUUAUAGAAGAUCAGAAGAUGAGGACCUGGAACAUAUGGUUCCUAGAGGUCUUUGGAGAGGAGCCAGCACCAGGGAGUUUGUGGCUGAGUCUACAGGAGAAAGAACGGUGACCUUCGUACCUCCCAACCACCUAAAACACUCUCUGGCCAGCACAGAGAAGCACGUCAGUCUACUGCCAAGAAGUCAAACUGGCAGCAGUAGCAUUACUUCGACCUCUGAUUCUGGGCCGCAGUCUAGAUCUGAACUGAGACCAUCAAAUCAAUCCAGGGAUUCAAACUCAACAUGGGCAGCAAGGGUGCCACCCCAGACUUCACUGUCACCCAAAACCCCCAUCCUCUAUCCCACCACUGGACUACCUAAGGGCUACACGCCCAUCCCCACCCUGCUGGCUAAGAGUGUGGGAAACAAAGUGACCUUAAUGAAACGGCCUGCUGAUUUUACAGGGAUCAACAAUGUAGAUAGACAGAGCAAAGGUUCUUUGGUCUCCCUGCCUACCUCUGCAGUGACUACCACAAAACCUUUAAAAGCACAAAGUUCUCCAUCCAGGUCCCAGCAGAACUCACAACAAAUGCAGGCACAAGUACUACAACAGACAGAAGUACUGAGACAGCCAGGAAUGGCUACAGUGAUUGCAGCUCUUCCUAAAUCACCACAAGCCAAACCAACCCAGACUGUCCCAAAAAAACCUGUCCAAGUGGUGUACAAAGUACCUGAGAGGCUGGGUCACCUUGUAAGGAAAGACCGCAGCAGCCCAGUCAAGAUCUCUGUUCAUCCUGUCGUGGACCAGAACACUGGGGAGAAGAUCAUGCAGCAAUUGGUGAUCCUGCCUUCUAACCUUCUCAUUCACAAAACUGAUGAAAAGGUGUCUUCUUUACAUAAACAGUCUAAGGGCAUCCAGGUCCCAGUUUCUAAAGUGGCCAGCCCCUUCUGUAUGUCCACCAAUGUGCCUGGGUUCACUUUUCCCGAAAACAGAAUCCCUAUUCAGCAUGUGGCUCCCCUAAAAGAUCCCAGGACAAUGAGAACCCCUUCCCCUCAUCUGAAACAGGGUGCCCUAAACACAGCAGGGCUAAAGGGGGCACAACUCUGCAGUUCCCAAGUUAGCACACCACAAGAUAUCACGCCAAACCCCUCACCCAUCACAACUCCCUUUAGCGCAGUUUCGACUGAGCCUCAUAAAUCUACAGACCCUAAACAGGAGCUCAAGACAGUGUGUAUCCGUGACUCACAGUCAAUCCUAGUAACAACUAGAGGAGGCAACACAGGCAUCGUCAAAGUCCAGACAUCCUCAGACCAGAAUGCGCUUGGUUCUAUGCCCACCAGUCCAGUCAUCACCAUCUCCCCUCAGUUUAAAGCCUUCCUCGUAUCCAAGACAUCACAGACUCUCUGUCCUUCUGCUCCCUUUCAGACUUCCCCUUGCACCAUGCCAGCAGUGACAAGUAUCUCAUUGGCCCAACAUCAGAAGCAGGUUCCUUCAGUAUUAAAGUCCCCUUCCACUUUCACAACUCCCAUGCUCACUGCAGUCACUGGUAGCAUUCCUGUUACAGGCCCAGGAAGCCAAACUGUAGGCACUACAGUUGCCUCAGCUGGUGCUGGUUCUACAGUUGCAACAAAGAUUGGCCAGCUAGCACAGACACCUGCUGCUGGUUCUCAUUUCCAAGCUUCAUUAGCAAAAAACACUGUUGUCCCAUCACUAAGUAGUUCUGGUGGUGUGAAGCGGGCCAGUACAGAUGAGAGAUCCCAAGUUACUAAAUUCAUCCUAGUUACUCCCUCUUCUUCCUCCGCCUCAAAUGUAUCCCUUUCAAAAGGUACACCCUCUUACACAAAAUCACUUACUAGUUCAAGAGUCAUGUUCAUCAGCCAGCCCACAGCAACAUCGUCCACCACCUCUAUGGGAAGCAUUCUAAAACAGGCAAUAACAACAGGGGCUAGUGAACAACUGCUGACCACUUCAUUAUCAAGUCAAACUCUAAAGAUGGGAUCAAGCACAGGCCAACCUGUUGUCAACUCAGAAGCAUUGUCAAAGAUCAAGCACAUAACUCUGCCCUCAGGGGUUCAAAUCCAGUUGUCAGGGAAGACAACAACCAUUGGACAGACCAUAGGUGCCCUGUCACGUUCCCCUUCCAAGAGCACAAGAAUGUCUGUCUCAGAUACAGGCCGUCCGACAGCCACCACCAUUGGACUGGUCCCGAUUACUAGUUCAAAUACCAUCACAAGCUGUUCUGCCCAGAUUGCCUCUUACGCUUCUCCAACCACCAGCUCUCAGCUCCAGGGUAUCCCUUCCUUUACCAUGAUCUCCCAAACAUGCUCUUCCACAUCCACAUCUACUGCGGCCACUUUGCCUGCAGGAAACUUGAUCAAGAAGGAACUUGGUAUGCCUUCAAGUAUACUGUCCAGCAACUCUCCUGCUCAGGUAACUACUACUGUGCAGAGUAGCCCAGCCCAAACCUCCACAUCCACUCUUGUCCGUCAGCUUUCAAAUAUCCAAACUGGCAUUGGUGAGGAAACCAUUUCCUUAUCUUCCUCUCAACUUGCUCUCAAUAAAACCCCCAUCUCCUCUGCAACAACUGCCAAUACCCCAUUCAUCACUUCUGCUACUGGAACAAUCCAGCAGAGGAUAGUCAUCAACACCUCUACGCCCCUUGCUGCUGGCACACAGAUUCUUCUUAACAAUGCAUGCUUUGUAGUCCCUCCCCAGGGUUUGGGUCCAGGCAGCCAUGUCCUUAUCAUCUCUAGCCCUGCACCACAAGUGCCUACUGCCACUCGAUCAUCAGUACCUCCCCAAGGGGUAAGUCAUGUCACUGUAGCCCCUCGAGCACCAGUUUUACCCCAAUCCCCAGCCAGGCUGCCUGGUGUACCAGCUGUAAGUUCUCCUUUUGUAGCAUGCACACCUGCUGUUGGUCCAUCAUUGCUAGCAACCACUCCAAAUGUCACGCCAAUUCAACAAACAGGAACUCCUAGCCUGGCCUCAACGUGGUUAACCAGUAAAACAAAUGUAGUGUCUGCUCUGCCUAUGCCCAUGCCUGCUGUAUGUUCAUCCACCAUUUUGCCUGCAUUGUCAGCACCUAUAUCACCCAUGCCUGUUUUACCCAGUCCAUUAGCUGUUGCCCUGCACAACCCUGUCAUACCAGUUCGCACACCCCUCUCCUCAGCUGCAUCUCCUGUGGUAGCAGGCACACAAACUUUGCAUUCUUCUCUUCCUGCCCAGCAGGUGGUUUCAGUGACAACUCCGGGCCCAGGCAUACAGCCUCAGCCGACAGAAGUUGGUAUUGCAGCACCCUCCACUGCUCUAUCACAGGCACUAGUGCAUAUGGGACUAGGCAACAACACAUUAGUCCAAAAAACAGUGCCUGCCGUAAUGCAACCAGUGCUUGCUGGCACAAGGAGACAGGUAUUGCCAACAGUAGCUGUCCCACCAAUUGUAAGUGCAAUGUCUAGGGUGCAGAUGUUGCCCAUUGCUACAGUUCCACCAAUCGAAAACACUGUCAAUACCUUGGAAACAGCACCUGUGGUCACAGGGUCUUCAUCCAGCAGCACUGUAAUAAUCCGUCCAGCUCAACCGAUCACAUCACUGAAGACAAACAACACCAUCCACCCACCUGUCAUUCUGACCAAUCAAGCACUUGGAAAGCCCUCUCUGCAGACCACAUCCUUAGGUAUGCAUACCAAUGUAGCAUCCAAGCUACUCAUUAGUCCUGAUGGCGCUGUUUUGAACCCAGUUCAGUACCAGGUCAAUGCAGUUGAGCUGAAUGCCUGCCCCAACCAGCUGGAUGCACUAGUGGUUUCCCCCAACAGUUCCACUGGAGCACUACACACACAUGAUUCCUCUUUACAGCCUUCACAGGCAGACAGAAAGUAAACCAAUUAACUGAGACUGUGCCAGUGAGGACUCAGACACAGCCUUUCAGCUGCUUAGUUUUACCAGGGCUCAUAUCUAUUGCUUGUAGUAAUCCUGGGUUUAGUUGAAGAACUGCUUUCCAUUUGUAGUUUGACUUGUAACAUUUAGGAUACAGUAGUAUGUUAUACACUCUGGUUAGAUCAUCUUAUAGGCAAACUGUAUGCUCAAUCAGACAUACUGGAAAUGUAUACUGUGAUGGUUUUCUCAAGUGAAAACCGGUGAGGUUGCCCUGAGAUGAAUGUUAUAGACUUACUGACUUUUCGUUUACUUUAUGGCCAGUAAUGGCACCUGUUAAAACAAAGCAGUAGAACGGGAGGGUAGAUAAAAUAACAAAAUUUCAACUCAAGCUUUUGUAAUACUUUUCAAUGCCAUUAGAUACUGCUUCAAUAAGUAACAAUUGGGAUACUAUUCAUUGGUACAACUAGCUCUACUUUGUCAGUUUGAACAAUACAACUGUCUGUGUCCAGAUUCUGUCAUAUCGUCCUUUUUUCAACUUUGAAAACUACAUGUUACUUUUUAGAAAUAUAAAUAAACUAAUAGAUGCAUUUGUACUACAUGUUUGAGCCCAUAUAAAAUGUUUUGAAGUCA